UGUUUUUUUUUAACGCUCCCCCACUUCCAACUCCCAAAUUAUUAUUAGUAAUUUUUAUAAGUAUAUUUUUGAAUUUCUUUAGAUUUCUUGCUUCUAUCUCUUUUUAAUUUUGUAAUCAACUAGAUAUAAUUUAUAUAGAUCUGAAAUGGAUGACAACAAUUGGGAUUUAGGCGCAGUUAUAAGAAAUUGUGGAAUUAAUAGACCUAGUAAUGAUAUAACUCCUAACUUAGGCUCCGAAUCAUUAAAUUUUGAUGAUGAUGAUUUGAAUUUUCUUGACAGAAUUUUUGGUGUUGACAACAAUAAUUUUGAUUACAUAGCUCCUACAAAUUUUUCAAUUUCUCGUCAGGAAAAAUCAUAUGAUCAAUUUGAUGACAUCAUAAACCCCACAACUCCUGUUUCUAUAAUUGCUAAUCCAUUUAAAAUCACUAACCAAAAUGAUAACCAACAAAUAUACUUACCACCCAUUCAACCAGCUCAAGUUAGCCAACAAGUUUUUCUUUCUUCACCAUCAGGUGUUGAAGCACGAGAGUGUGUGCCAACAACAACAACUACUACAAUAUCACAUGAAUGUAUAAAUCUGCAACAACAACUCUUGAUGUGGGAUUCCACCUUGACCAUGAGGAAUCCUCCGAUUCAAAUUCGUAAAAGUAAAAAUCAGUCGAUAUGGACUACAUAUGAAUUGUUUCAAGAGGAACUCACAGAUGAUAUAUGGUCAUGGCGCAAGUAUGGUCAGAAGUUUAUCAAAGGUUCUCCAUUUCCAAGGAACUACUUUAAGUGUAAUACAUCAGAGCUCUGUCAAGCAAGGAAACAAAUUGAAAAAAGUUCAAAGAAUGAUUGUUUUUUCUUGGUAGCCUAUUCCGGUAUGCAUAACCAUGAUCCACCCAUAAUUCGUAGAUCUUUUUCUGAUUGGAACCAUAGUUCCAAAUAUAAGCUUCCAAAAGGCAUAAAUAUUAUUCCCAAAGCAUUAAAAUUGAAUGCAUCACCUUUCUCAUCAAAGAGUGGUAAACGUUAUAGAGCUUCAUCUACACUUGAAACUGAGAGCACAUCUCGCAAAAAAAAUAAAAUGAUUGUUGAAACCAUGAAGAACAAUGUUGAUGAUAAGGAGGAGGAGAAUAUUAAUGAAGAUGUUCCCAAGGGAUUUGAAGAACUCAACUAAGUCCUCCGAAUGGGGAUGAAAAGCACAAAUAAGAUCAGAUUUUUUCCCCUUUCCCGCAACUCUAUCUAUCUGUAGCUUUUGUCUUUGUCUUCUAGUCAUGUUUUUGUUUUAGAUUAAGUGUGUCCAAGUAGGUUUUUAGUUUGAACUGAUGCUUUUCUAGCUAGCUAGAUAUGGACCUUUUUUAAUUCCGUUAUUUUAUGUCGUUA